AAGAAAACAAAUUCAUUUCCGCCACGUAUCCAAAAGCAACACCCCAGUUUCGAUGUGGACCGUAGAUCUUACCCUGCGAGGGCAGGUCUGGGCAACACUAGAUCAACUCUCCGUUCUUCAUGAUUGACCCCGCAAGUGAAAUCUAGUUGACAGAGCCCCCUAAUAAGCGGAAGAUCUCUGCCGGAAGCCAGACCUGCUCCUGCUCCGGACUUUGGUCGCUCUGUUUCUUCCUUUUUCCUUGUAAUAGUUGAGGGAAGAUUGAAGCCGGCGAAGAUAUAGCCAGGGAUCGGAGCUGUAGCUGUGUGUGAAAAUGGCGGGCUACGGGGAUCCCAGUCAGAAAGUGGACUACGUCUUCAAAGUGGUGCUGAUCGGAGACUCGGCCGUCGGGAAAUCUCAGAUACUCGCUAGAUUCGCGAGGGACGAAUUCAGUCUCGACUCCAAGGCCACAAUCGGCGUUGAGUUCCAGACGAGGACCAUGGUUAUCCAGCACAAGAGCGUCAAGGCUCAGAUCUGGGAUACGGCCGGCCAAGAACGAUACCGAGCUGUCACGAGUGCGUACUACAGGGGAGCCGUAGGGGCGAUGCUGGUGUACGACAUAACCAAGCGCCAAACCUUCGACCACAUCCCACGCUGGCUGGAAGAGCUGCGGGGCCAUGCCGACAAGAACAUAGUCAUCAUUCUGAUUGGGAAUAAGUGUGAUCUCGAGGAUCAGCGCGCUGUAUCCACGGAGGACGCCAAGGAGUUUGCCGAAAAGGAAGGCUUGUUCUUCCUGGAAACCUCGGCACUGAAUGCAACCAACGUCGAGAGCGCCUUUGUGACUGUGUUGACCGAGAUCUUCAACAUCGUGAACAAGAAGAGCCUCGUGGCCGACGAGAGUCAGGGCAACGGUAACCCGGGGUCAUUAGCUGGUAAGAAAAUCGUUGUACCAGGCCCCGGACAAGAGAUUCCGGUCAAGAGCAGCAUGUGUUGCACCUCAUCGUGAGAACGCUAACUAGUAUUGUAAUCGUGGAAGAGUUAUUCGAAAGGGGUCUGGUGGUGGUUUUCUUGGAUAGCAAAAGUUUUGGAAGCGUGUGAUGUACUUGUUUUGUAAAUUUCAGGUUUGGCCUAUUGAUUUGUACGGUAAUUGAACAUUUCGCCCUCCGACUGUGAGGCCUGAGCAGUUGUCUAGUGCUUGUUUGUGCGGUUGUGCUUUGAUUGUCAUAUAUGCAUACAUAUUGCCGUUGGCAUUUUUUCUCAUCG